CCUCGUUGUUCACGAGUUCCUUACGAUCUAGCUAUCAAGCUACUGUUACUUGACUUCUUAAAAUAUUGGCAUAUACCUAAUUCCUCACUCACUCCCUGAGUACUCUUUAUCUAUAAAUAACAUUCAAAAUAAAUCUUGGCAUUCAUUUUCAAGUUAAGUUUCAAUCAUCCCCUAACCUGAACUCCUUUUUCUCCUUUCUUUUUCCAUUUUCGGAUUUCAAAUCCUUCACUUAAUAACCAAGAGAAAGAGAGAGAGAGAGAUGGACGUUCAGCAGAAAAUAAGCAAAAAUGAGAAGAAGAACCAAAGGCAGCAGCAGGAUUCACAGUCACAACAACCUUCUUCUUCACUGUAUUUAACAAACGCUGUUUUCUUUGGUCUCUUCUUCUCCGCCGCGUACUUUCUUCUUAACAGGUGGCGUGAAAAGAUCCGAACCUCUACACCUCUCCACAUCCUCACAGUCUCUGAGAUUGUUGCUGUAGUUUCCCUCAUCGCUUCCUUCGUCUACCUUAUUGCUUUCUUCGGCACUGCCUUCAUCAUUCAUUACGAUGAUGAUGAAGACGAAGUAGUCGACAAUUCUGCAAAACCCACCGGAGGAGUUGUGCCGAAGAAGCUACCUAUGUUACCACCACCGAAAAUAUCUGACCAAAAAGUUAUGUCCAUGGAAGACGAAGAGGUUGUCGGUGCAGUGGUAUCGGGAUCAAUUCCUUCUUACUCCCUUGAGUCGAAGCUCGGAGAUUGCCGUCGUGCAGCAAAGAUUAGGAACCAAGCAGUGGAGAGGGUUACCGGAAGGUCACUUGAAGGUUUACCGAUGAAAGGUUUUGACUACGAUUCUAUAUUAGGACAGUGUUGCGAGAUGCCGAUAGGGUUUGUUCAAAUUCCGGUGGGUGUUGCCGGUCCUUUGUUGCUCGACGGGAAUGAAUACACGGUGCCCAUGGCAACAACCGAAGGUUGUUUGGUUGCAAGCACCAACAGAGGCUGUAAAGCUAUUUAUGUUUCCGGAGGUGCUUCCGCUGUUGUGCUCCGCGACGGAAUGACCAGAGCCCCCGUUGUAAGAUUCAACUCCGCCAAAAGAGCUUCUCAGUUGAAAUUCUUUUUAGAAGAUCCUCAAAAUUUUGAUUCCCUCUCUCACACUUUCAACAAGUCAAGUAGAUUUGCAAGAUUACAGAGUAUUAAAGCUACUAUGGCAGGAAAGAAUUUAUACACUAGAUUCACUUGUUCAACGGGUGAUGCAAUGGGGAUGAACAUGGUAUCGAAAGGUGUACAAAACGUACUUGAUUUUCUUCAAACCGAUUUUCCCGAUAUGGAUGUUAUUGGUAUAUCUGGAAAUUUUUGUUCGGACAAGAAAGCUGCGGCAGUGAAUUGGAUUGAAGGGAGAGGGAAAUCAGUGGUGUGUGAGGCUGUAAUUAAGGAAGAGGUGGUGAAGAAAGUGCUGAAGACUAGUGUGGAGUCUUUGGUUGAGCUUAACAUGCUAAAAAACCUUACCGGUUCAGCCAUGGCUGGUGCACUUGGCGGCUUUAACGCACAUGCUAGUAAUAUUGUUUCUGCAAUUUACUUGGCUACAGGACAAGAUCCUGCUCAGAAUGUUGAAAGUUCUCACUGUAUGACCAUGAUGGAAGCCGUGAAUGACGGAAAGGACCUUCAUAUCUCAGUCACUAUGCCUUCCAUUGAGGUGGGUACAGUAGGAGGGGGCACACAACUUGCGUCGCAAUCAGCUUGUCUAAAUUUACUUGGUGUUAAAGGAGCUAGUAAAGAGACUCCAGGAGCAAAUUCCAGGCAACUGGCAACUAUAGUAGCUGGUUCAGUCCUUGCAGGAGAGCUCUCACUCAUGUCUGCAAUUGCAGCCGGGCAACUUGUUAAAAGCCACAUGAAAUACAACAGAUCAAAUAAAGAUGUCACCAAAGUUGCUUCAUGAGUUGUACAUAGGUUAUAUGUAGAUACCACAAGUGCGAGAUAAAUAAUCUUGUACUUACCAUCAUGAUCAAUAUUCAUUGCUUGUAUUUGUUAAUUACUUUGUUAGUUUUAUUUGUCAUUUUACGAUUAUUUAUGCAUGCAAGAAGAUGAAUAAGUUUUACUA